AUGACAUCCUUGCUGGACAAUUUCGCAGUGCUAGACGAGGUCUUGCAGCUUGUCUAUCAAGGAAGCUCGCGUUUUGUCGUGUUAUCGCACGUCAGAGAUGAUGCUUGGCUCUUGCAUGCGGGGCUCGGGAGGGAGGGACGAUGGUGGCGGGGUAAGUGGACAGAAAACGACAUCCUGCACUUUGUGGGCAAGAAAUCGACACCAGACAUUCUUAAAAUGUUUGCGGAUCGAUUGCUAUCCACAUUCACCAAGAAGGAGCUCAGCAUCGUUCACUGGGAUCCAUCUUCCGAGGGCCACCAGGAGCUGAAACUGAUUAUAGGUCCUGAAGCGAAAAAGCCUGUUAACAUAUCCAUGACAGAGAUGACCCCGCGAGAGGCAGCGAUAUUUGCCGCCGGGGAGUUCGCCUCCAUUGCAUUGCAAGCCCAAUCGCACCAGUGCCGCCUCUAUCCCUCAGCGCAUGAGCCACCCCCUCAAAGCACCAAUGACUACGAUGGCUUGAAACGCUCUCGUCCCCGCUCCCGCGUCAGCUCUCAGCGCGGAUCAUCGGUCCUCGAAGUCCCCGACAGACAGCAACGUCUAGCCUGGGAAGCUACCCAGCCUCUUUCCUCCCCGCCGUUCCCUUCAACGAAGCACCAAGGCUCUUCUCCAAGCCCGCCACCGCCAGUCCAUCAAUACAAGCCCUCAACCUCAACUUCGACGAUAGCAAGGCCAUCUUCUCCAGUGCAAGCACAAGCCCAAGAUCAAGUUAGCAGGACAGGGAAGCACAAGGCAAAGGCGCCCACACCUGAACCGACGCAAUCUGAGCUGCUCGCUCGUGAAGAGAUCCGAGUACUGCGUCAAGAGCUCAUCAAGGCGCGAACCAUAAGUCAGGGCAGCUUCGGCCCCGGCGGGAGCACAAGCGCACUGCAAAGUCGGUCGCGAUGUUCAGGCUCGGUCGUGCCCGCCCAGAUGGCACGGAGGGGUGCAUCCCUUGCGAACCCGAAUAAGAAAGCAAGGCGAUACCAGGCUGUUGAGUUUGCGAGCGACAGUGAGGAAGAAUAA